CAACGUUAACCUCAACUCAACUCCCACUCUUUCUCUCUCUUCCUCCCACUUUACACCUCCCAUUAACCAACAUUCAAACCUCUUCCUUUAUAUAACCCCAUAAUAAACCCAAAACACUUCCAAAAAAAAAAAACCCAUUCAAAAACACUACACAAAAAAAAAAAAAAAACUCAUUCAAAAACACUACACAAAAUGGCCCCUAUAAGUCCAACCCAACGACGUAUAAAUGGUAUCAGAGCAACCCUGGCAAUAGCCGAUACAGCCUCAUGGUACUGUUCCCUUAUCAUAGUCGGGUUAAUCCUGUUCAUUACCUUACGAGAAGAGAAUUACAACCCUUACUACGACGAUAACGAUGGUAGUAGUUUCUUCUCUGACAGUUUACAGACGGCGACAAAUGGUGCAGGAUUUCUCGAAAACCACCACCAUAUAUGGCGGCCGCCGUGUGACGAAAUCUACGUGGUGGGUGAAGGAGAGACUCUUCAUACUAUAAGUGAUAAGUGUGGUGAUCCUUUUAUUGUUGAACGUAACCCUCAUAUUCAUGAUCCUGAUGAUGUUUUUCCUGGUCUUGUUAUUAAGAUUGUGCCUUCUUCUGAUUCUUCUGGAAAUAUUAACAGAAAGUUUCUAAGGUAGAUAAUCUUUUUUUUCUUUUCUUUUUUUUAAGAUAUAGAGAAUUAUACACAAGAAAACAGAGCACUCUGUUUUGAUAGAUGUAUACUUUUAAAAUUUAAUUACCCUUUUGUUUAUUGUUUUUAUCUUAUGAAUAGUGUCAAAAAUCCAAUUGUGUCAUGUAAAUAAGCACGGAGGAAGUAUAAGUUUUGUAAUCAACUAUUCAUUCAUGUAUCAAGCUUAAAAAUAUGUAAUAUUUAGAGUUACUUUUUUAUUGUAUGGUGGUGAAAUAUGGAAAGAAAUCAAAAAAUAAUCAUGUAGUAGUCCCUUUUGUUUC